AUGGCACCUCGCUCAUCAUCGUCCGGACAUCGUACUGGCAGUUUAUUGCGUUUCCAGGGCUGUGCGCACUUUCGUCAGCGUCUCGUGUGUGCAACUCUUAGUGGGCGACCAUUGAUCAUCGAGGAGAUUCGGUCAGAGGACGAAAACCCCGGGCUGGCGCCCUUUGAAGCGAAUUUGCUACGGCUCUUGGACCGCGUGACGAGCGGUAGUCAAUUGGAAAUCAAUGAGACAGGUACAAAACUCAAGUAUCAUCCAGGUCUUGUACUGGGUGGUCGUGUGGUCCACGAUUGUGGCACGGGACGGUCCAUUGGCUGGUUCCUGGAAGUGCUCGCGGCGCUCGCGCCUUUCGCCAAGCUACCGCUGCAUGCGACGCUAGAUGGAAUUACAAAUGACCAUAUCGAUGCUUCUGUGGACAAUUUUAAGGCCACAACGCUGCCGUUGUUGCGACACUUUGGUCUGGAUGAAGGGUUGGACUUUGUCGUCAAAAAACGAGGUGCUCCUCCGCUAGGAGGUGGACAGGUCGUCUUUCAAUGCCCACAAGUGAGAGAGCUACGUGCUGUCCAUUUGGUGGAUGAAGGAUUCAUCAAACGCGUACGUGGCGUUGCCUAUAGCACACGUGUGUCUCCGCAGACAUCUAAUCGCAUCGUGGAAACUAGCCGUGGGCUGUUUAACAAACUCUUGCCGGACGUAUACAUUUACUCGGACCAUUAUAAAGGUGCCGAGUCGGGACAGUCGCCGGGUUUUGCUCUUAGUCUCAUGGCGGAGACAACAACUGGUAUCUUUUUGGGAGCAGAGGCAGCAGCAGAACCCGGUGACUUGCCGGAAGAUGUGGCGAUGAGAGCCUCGCACGCUCUUUGCGAAGAGAUUAGCAAGGGAGGAUGCGUCGACUCGUCCAACCAGGCGUUGGUACUGCUGUUUAUGGCGCUAGGCCCAGAGGAUGUGACAAAGGUUCGUUUUGGCAAGUUGACACCCUAUAGCAUCGAGUGUCUACGUCAUUUGCGCGACUUUUUCGACAUCACGUUCAAAAUUAAACCCGACCCGGAGACCAAAACAGUGCUGCUGUCGUGUCUGGGCGUUGGCUUCAGAAACCUGGCCAAGAAGGUCACCUAG